AUGGAGAGCAUAUCAACUCAUUCUUCUCUUGUGAUGUCGAACACCGCUGCUACGUCAGAACGCUAUAGCAAUGUUUUGUCACGAGUCAUUGGCCUCGAAGAACGAGAGACACAACUUGAACAACGCAUCGAGGCUGCUCUCCGCGUUGCCCACAAGGUCGCUUAUCAGCAGCAGCAGCAGCAGCAACAUCAGAGUGACUCGACGGACACGUACACAACAUCUUUGCUGAACAGCAAGCCCUCAUCGCACAGUAAUAGGCGGAGGCGAAGCAGCGAGGAACUUCAGGUGGGACAAUGCACCACCUUUGUGCGCGCGCUCAUGCUGAAAGUGGAGCACCUAGAGGAGCAGCUUGCCCACGAGAUUCAGCAGCGUAUGGUAAUGCAGCGGUCCAUUGAGGCCCUCCAGCUGCAACUCCAACGGCCCAACGAGGAACUUGCGACACAGAGCCAACGCACCGAUGUUGACACCACCGUGGAAACUCUGUCUGAGUAUAUCAUUAAGAAAAAAAGGGCUUCACUCGUAGACGCCUCCAAAACGGAGUUGCGCGAAGAUUUCCCCGGAAAUGCAACUCCAGGUGAGAGCCACAGCAGCGGCCCCUCCAGCCCCGUCACCGCUUCCUCCGUCGGACAACACCUUGAGCCAUUGACACACAAGCACGUCGCCACUGGGUUGGAAAGCGACGACGUCGUGUUGUUUAAGAGAAAUCCAAAGGCUCGGGCGUCAUUGGAUCUGAACCAAUUGCCACCGUUAGCCAGAAACAGCAUGACCGCGUCGCUGUCGGGGAGCAUUCUCGUGAAGAACAACAGUAAGACGUUGCAGGGUGGUAGUUCGACGUCGUUCAGCCAAGGUCAUGUCAGUGGGGAGCCAGGGCCAACGGUGAGCUUCUCGUCCAUGCCGAGCAAUGCGAGGGACAAUUCACCAUGGAACGAAGGGGCACCCGAGGACUUCGGUGCUGCCCCGGCGUUCCGGCGGCCCAGGAAUCAAUUUGAGAGGCGGGAGCCCCGCCGCCGUUCGUCAGGACGAUCAGUGUCGCGUAGAAGUCGAAUAUCGACCGACGGUGGAUUAGGUCGCUCCGUUGUAUUCGGGUCGGCCGUCCUUGACAACGAAAACAACGAGCCAGGAGUAAGCACCCUCUCUGCGGCUUCUCCGGAGAGUGUGCAGGUUGCCGCGGAAAGGACGAGAAGGCCAAAGAAACAGCGGCCGCUGCCGCCGUCGCUCGACGUGGAGGCGCUCCUCCCCAUGCAGAACAAGCUGCUGAGCAUGCAGCUGAAACGAGAGACUGCCGAGGCGGAAAGGAAGCUGAAGGGAGCUACGCGCGGGGGAGAAAAUAGCAACGCUGUUGCGGCAGAAACUUUAACUCACUCGGCGGCCACAUGCGCGGAGGCGUCACCCUCGCAACAGGAGAGGUUGCCACUCUUGUCGCCAACCUCAAUACAUUUGCGGCACCUGCCACACGAUGUGCACCAGCGACGACGCUGGACAACAGCUGCCUGA